GCCUGUGUGAUGUUUCGUUUUUCGUUCGCGAGCCCGACGUCCGCUCUGCUCUGAAUACCCACCACCGCUUUCCAGCCGGCCUCCCCUUUUGCUGGCACAGGGCCCGACGCCGCGCUCAGAGCUCCCGCUACAGUCUGUCUUUACUCCCCCACACUCGUUUGCCCUAGGCUCGCCCAGCCUCGUCAUAUACCCACCCGGCUCACCAUGGCCCUAAUCCAACUUUUCCUCCUUUUUUCCGUCGCUCGUGCGGCGUUUGCGGCGACUGCUGAAGAAUGGAGGGGUCGCUCGAUAUACCAGAUCAUCGUGGACCGCUUCGCCCUGCCCGACGGCGCCGACCCGAAUGCCUGCGACACCAGCAAGCAGACCUGGUGCGGUGGUAAUUGGAAGACCAUCAAAGACAACCUCGACUACAUCCAGGACGCCGGCUUCACCGCAAUCUGGAUCAGUCCGAUCUCUCAGAAUUACCAAGGCGAACGGACGCCGUACGGCGACCCCUACCACGGGUACUGGAUUCAAGACGCCUCGAAGCUCAACGAAAAGUUUGGCACUGCUGACGACUUGAAAGCGCUCUCCGACGAAGUUCACAGGCGCGGGAUGUACCUCAUGGUCGACGUUGUGGUUAACAAUGUCAUGGCACUGUCCAACACCCCGGAUCUGUCAAAGUUUUUGUUCAAGGAGCAGUCACAAUACCACCCGUACUGCCCCGUGGACUACAGCAACAUUACCAGCGAACAGAACUGCUGGCUGGGUGACACGAACGUGUACUUGCCUGAUGUCAACACCCAGGAUUCUACCGUGGUCAGCACUUACCAAGACUGGGUCAAGAACAUGGUCCAGACGUACAACAUCGAUGGUCUCCGUAUUGACGCCGCUAAGCACGUCAACACCGACUUUUGGCCCAAGUUUUGCGGCGCCGCCGGCGUGUUCUGUAUCGGUGAAGUAUAUGAGACAUCCGUCGACAAUGCUGCCCAGUACCAGGGCGAGCAGGCACUGGACUCUAUCCUGAACUAUCCUUUGUAUGCUGCGCUUACCAACGGUUUUGCCAUCCCUGGACCUCUCAACCUCUCGGCCAUUGCUGACACCAUGGCUCAGUCGAAGCAGAAGUUCAAGGACCCCGGACUUCUGGGCAAUUUCUUGGAGAAUCAGGAUGUACCCCGGUGGGGGAACCUCUCGGUCGACCCGCAGAGUCUUUACAAUGCGAUGGCUUUCACGUUCAUGUCCGACGGUAUUCCCAUUGUCUACUAUGGUCAAGAGCAGUACUUCAGCGGCGGUAACGACCCGUACAACCGUGAGCCCCUGUGGCCAUCGAAGUACCAGAACACCACCGCAUACCAGAUCAUGUCUACGCUGAACAAGCUGCGCAACUUCCUCAUUAACGGCACCGACGAUUGGCUGCACUCGCCAGCGCAACUCCUGACGACGACCCCUCACGGCUUGUCGGUGAUGAAAGGAAAUGUCAUUUCCAUCUUGACGAAUAUCGGCUCUCCUCCCGCUAAUCUCAGUGUCGCUGUGUACACGCCCUUUGAGAACAACUUCGCCACAACUGAUGUCCUCUCCUGCCGCCAGUGGGCAGUAGGUAGCAACGGCACCGUCGACGUUGAGUACACUCGGGGCGGCCAGCCCGUCGUUUUGGUGCCCAGCUCACAGCUGGAGGGGUCUGGCCUGUGUGGCUACGCCGUGAAGAACAGCACGAAAUCCGCUGCCAGCAUGGCAUCAGGGGCGCCCUCGGGCCUGUCACGAUACGAUGCCAUGAUGACGUCCGCUCUUUUAAUCCUCCUCACUCUGGGGUCAUUUGUCUUUAAUUAGUUCAGUGUUUGAGUAGCAUUGGGCGGGUUCGGUAUUUUUCUUCGUCUUCAUCUUAUGCCAGCAUUUUCUCUGUUCCUGUAGGGAGUAGUAGUAGCAUUGGGAUUUGUUCCACCCACAUCGUGCAUGUACCAAUUAAUCGCAAUCAUUGUGCAAAGGAGUCCUGUACCAUAGCCG